AUGGUGGAAGCCCUCACUGGCAUUGCCCCUGCUACGAGAGUCUCCUGGCCACCAGAGGCCUCUAUAUCAUUCUCUAUGGUGACAGACCAAACAAUCGAUCACCGAGCAUAUCAUCAAGAUGGCAGGUCUGUCUUUAUAUUUUGAAGAUGGCCAUGAUGAUUUGGAUGACUUUGGGUUUGAUGACUACGGAUCAGAGUGCGACGGGAUUCGGAUCACAGCUUUUCUGGAUGCAGGGCAGGACAAUCUCACCCCCCUGGGGAGACUAGAGAAAUACGCUUUCAGCGAAAAUGUCUUCAACAGGCAGAUCGUGGCACGUGGGUUGCUUGAUGUGCUUCGAGAGUUCAGUGACAAUGAGAAUGACUUUAUCAGUGUCAUGGAGACAGUUGCCCGAAUGUCUGAAGAUGGAGAGCCCACAGUGCGCGCUGAGCUGAUGGAGCAGGUGCCCAACAUCGCAAUGUUCCUACACGAGAGCCAGCCCAACUUCCCAGCAGCCUUCUCCAGAUAUCUGGUGCCCAUCGUGGUUCAUUAUCUCACAGACCCCAAUAACCAGGUGAGGAAGACCAGUCAGGCGGCCCUGUUGGUGCUGUUAGAGCAGGGCCUCAUCUGCAAAGGCGACAUGGAGACCAAGGUGUGUCCUGUUCUACUGGACCUCACCGAGCCCAGCAGCGACGACGACUACAAGAUAGAGGCCGUCGCGAUCAUGUGUAAGCUGGUAACCAUGCUGAGCAAAGAGACCGUGGAGCAGCUGUUGCAGCGUUUCUGUGAGCUGUGCAGCGACGCCAGGCUCUUCCAAGUCCGCAAGGUGUGUGCAGCCAAUUUCGGAGAGUUCUGUUCCAUUGUGGGCCGGGAUGCCACAGAGAAACUACUGAUGUCCAAGUUCUUUGACCUGUGCUCUGACAGCCUGUGGGGCAUCCGGAAGGCAUGCGCCGACUGCUUCAUGAUAGUCUCCAACUCCACCUCCCCUGAGGUGCGACGCACUAAACUGUCCCCCCUUUUCAGUAGCCUCAUCAGUGACCAGUCUCGCUGGGUGCGCCAGGCUGCCUUCCAGUCUUUGGGACGCUUCAUCUCCACCUUUGCCAACCCCUCCAGCACGGGCCUCUACUUCAAAGAGGACGGCACACUGCUGGAGGUCCCCACGUGUCCCUCUGACAGCAAUUCCCCCCUCUGCAUAGAGUCCUCCAACGGCCCCACAGCGAGACCCUCACACACACCCAUUAACCAAGAUGGCCGCUCCACCCCAUCCCUGGAAUCCAUGUCCAGGGGGAACAGCGACAGCGACUCCACACACACUCCUCCCCAAAACCAACACGAAGGCCAGGCGUGCAACAACAACAACCUUCCUCCCACAAAUAAUAAAAACAAGGAGACGGAACAAACAGACCAGAAUUUUAACUCUUUCCUCUACUGGAGGCCUCCGUUAGUGGAUAUCAGCCAGGAGCUGGAGAUGCUGAAGGGCCAGGGUCCUCGGACUCGGACAGAGGGAGAAAAGGAGGAGGAGGUGGUGGUGUCCAGUCUGGAUCCAGCCACCUGCUCUCAGAUCCAGAAGGUGUUGGACUGCCUCCAGCCCCACAUGGACGACCCUGAUGUACAAGCCCAAGUACAGGUGCUCUCAGCCGCCCUAAAGGCUGCCCAGCUGGAGAGCCAGUCUGAGGAGGAGGGUGAGUCAGAGAGCCAGACACCAGAGGGUGGAGAACCAGAUGAGGAGUCCUCCCAGAACAGAGUGACCACAGAGGAGACACAGACACCUGAGCCACCAACCCAGCAGGCCAAGGACCCAGCACCCACAGAGGAACAGAAAGAGGCAGAAGCUGAGACUGAGAAGGAGCCAGAGCCUUUUGAGUCACCCUCCAACUCGCCUGUCCUAGUACGGGAGGACUCGGACCACAGCAGCGUGGAUCCGGAGCUGAUGGAGAGCCUGGAGGGGAAAGAGGACUCUGCUUUCAACCAGGUGUGUGAGGAGAAGUCCAAGGUCCAGAAUGUGAUUCCCCAGCAGCUGCUGGACCAGUAUCUUUCCAUGACGGACCCGGCACAGGCUCAGACGGUGGACACCGAGAUCGCCAAGCACUGUGCGUUCAGCCUACCUGGCGUGGCCCUCACCCUGGGCCGACAGAACUGGCACUGCCUAAAGGACACGUACGAGACCCUCGCCACCGACGUACAGUGGAAAGUGCGCCGGACGCUGGCAUUCUCCAUCCACGAUCUGGCCCUGAUCCUGGGGGACCAGCUGACGGCGGCCGACCUGGUGCCCAUCUUCAACGGCUUCCUUAAGGACCUGGACGAGGUGCGCAUCGGGGUGCUCAAACACCUCUAUGACUUCCUCAAGCUGCUCCAUGCAGAGAACAGGAGAGAGUACCUGUACCAGCUUCAGGAGUUCAUGGUGACGGACAACAGCCGCAACUGGAGGUUCAGAUACCAGCUGGCUGAGCAGCUGAUCUUGAUCAUGGAGUUGUACAGCCACGAUGAUGUGUAUAACUACCUCAGACAAAUAGCACUGACCCUCUGCUCAGACAAAGUGUCAGAGGUCCGGUGGAUCUCUUACCAGCUGGUGGUGGAGAUCUUACAGAAGAUGUAUGCGUGUGGAGCCCACGAGCUGGGCCUGAACUUCAGCAACGAGCUCAUCGUCCGCUUCUGCCACUGUCCAAAAUGGGUGGGCCGCCAGGCCUUUGCCUUCAUCUGCCAGGCCAUCGUGGAGGAGGACUGUAUGCCCAUGGACCAGUUUGCCCAACACCUCCUCCCCAGUCUCCUCAGCCUGUCGUUAGACCCCGUGGCCAACGUCCGCGUGCUGGUGGCCAAAGCACUGCGGCAGAGUGUCAUGGAGAAAGCGUACUUCAAAGAGCCGGGCCGUGCCUACUUAGAAGAGCUGGAGGAGACGGUGAUGACCCUGCAGGCGGACAAGGACCGAGACGUACGCUUCUUUGCCAGCCUGGACCCCGACAUGGUGCUUAUGGACACUUCUGCUUUAAUCUAGAACCUUCCAGCCUGCUCCAACACACAGCCAAUAACUAUCACCAGCAUCAGACCUGACCAGAACACUCGCCUGCAGGAAAUAAAGGCACUGAUACAUAAACAUGCAUAGAAUCAGUCAUGUGCUCUGUCUCUGUCUCUCUCUCACACACACACACGAUCUGAAAACCGCACCUCGCUAAGCUAAAAUAGCCACAGCAAAAUGGCAUCGGAUUCCAGGUGGAAAACAACCCACCAUGCGGCUCGGCUCGGGUCCCGUCAUCGAGUCACCUCAACCAAUCUGCAUCCAGCUGGUUCUCUCAGGUCCUCUGGUUUCAUCACGGUUUCUCUCUCUCUUUUCAUCUUGUCUUCAAUGACCUCCGUAACCACUACUGCUUAGGAGAAGGAACAACCGCACCACAAAAUAUGUUAAUGAAAUCAUGGCAUCUUCCCUCUGUCUGUUUACUAUGUCAAUAAUGUGAUCCAAGUCUCCCAGAGACCAAUGAAAUACCUCUGAUUGGACAUAACUCAGGCCAGUUUCGCCACAGGGGCAGCGCUUUAGAACGUCACAGAUAGAAAUAGAAGUUAUAGACAGACUCACUAGAAUUGUGAUUCAUCUAUAUACAAUGCAUCUGUACAUUCUGUAACGUUGCGCUCCCCUGAAUAAACCUCGGGUGUUAGCGGGACCUCGGGUGUUAGCGGGACCUCGGGUGUUAGCGGGACCUCGGGUGUUAGCGGGACCUCGGGUGUUAGCGGGACCUCGGGUGUUAGCGGGACCUCGGGUGUCAGCGGGACCUCGGGUGUCAGCGGGUCCUCGGGUGUCAGCGGGUCCUCGGGUGUCAGCGGGUCCUCGGGUGUCAGCGGGACCUCGGGUGUCAGCGGGACCUCGGGUGUCAGCGGGACCUCGGGUGUCAGCGGGACAGUCAAUUUUGCAUCCCAAAUGGCAGCCUAUUCCCUUUAUAGUGUUACUACUUUUGACCAGGGCCCAUCGGGCAAUGGUCAAAAAAGUGCACUGUAUAGGGAACAGGGUGCCAUAUUGGAUGCAGCCCUUCAAUUGUGUUUUGGGCUUAUUUGGGGUGUUCACGACUCAAGGGCUUAUGAUAUAGUAACAGAGUUUGUUGUAAAACCUGUAGAAAGAAGAAGCAGAAAAAGAGAUUGAUAGUUUGGUAAAGACCUGUGAAGCACUCCCCCCUUAUCCACCGUGUAGUCCGUCAUUGUAAAUAAGAAUUUGUUCUUAACUGACUUGCCUAGUUAAAUAAAGUUAAAUUAAUUUAAAAAUGUAAAUCCACUUCAACAUUGUGGAUUCUAAUCCCAUUUUGGCUUUUCAGUCAGACCACUGCACUGACCACAAUCAAUUGUACAGUAUAGGAAUGGUUGUGUGGCCUGGGUUUGUGUUCCAAGAUGCUCUGACUAGUAAAUCUCAUUAGUAGUGAAAUGAGUAUGUUGGAGAAUAAAUAACUUUCAUUGUAUAGCUUAACCUGUAUAGCCAGGGGAUCCAAGGCCAGUUUUAGGGUUUUCUGUAGAGACAUGAAUGUGGAUAUAAUGAGAGCUGUCACUUUUGUAGUCUUUCUCUUUUUUUCUCACCUGUUCACAUGGCAACCCAUUUUUGACCAUAAAUAAACACGACUUGAGAUCCUAAACUGAUUGUGGUGGGGCGUGCAUCUCAAGUCUGUCUUCCAUCUUAUGGAAAUGUUCACUGCUGUAGACUACCUAACGCAUCACAUCUAUCAGCAAUUUUCCCCAUCUUGUUUUUCUUUAUGGUAGGACUGUUAAUAUAUAUAUGCAUUUUAUGAAAUGUAUUUUUCUUUUCAAAUAUGUACCAUUGUUCAAAUAUUUUAUAUCCGAACUUUGCAUUUCACAACCUUUGUAACAUUCAAUAAUUUCUUUAAAAUAUUUUUUAUGUAAUGUUAUUUUUAGCAUUCUGUAAUUAAAUUAAUAAUAUAAAUCAGAAAAAUCAA